AUGAAAUUUUCCGUCGUGACGUCAUCAAUAAUUUUCUUAUACCUUUUAAAAUUUUGUUCGUCGGAUGGAUUAAUUUACAAAACGAGAAAACUUCCAAGGAGAUCCUCUACGGAAUUGUCGGACAUAUUGAAAAAAACGUCGGAUUUUACAGAAAAAUAUGAAUACAAAGCGGAAAUUCAUAGUGUAACAACGGAAGACGGUUACAUAUUAAAAUUACAUAGAAUAACCGGUAAAAAAACCGAUACUGAAGAUUUGAAAAAUAAAAAAAAACCCGCGGUAUUAAUCCAACAUGGCAUCGGUGGAAGAUCCGAUAAUUGGGUAUUAAACGGUGUUAAAUCCUUACGUACGUAUUUUCACGAACAAGGAUGUUACGAUUUGGCCGCCAUGACGAAUUACAUAAUCGGGUCAACAGGUCAAAAAAAAAUAUUUUACGUAGGACAUUCUAGAGGUACGACAAUGGCGCUCGUUUUACUUUCCGAACGACCGGAAUUCAAUGAAAAAUUUCAUUUGCUUAAUUUAUACGCUCCAGUGGCGUACAUAAAAAAUGCAAAAAGUCCAGUUUUGAAAACAUUUUUCAAUAAGAAAUCCGCUGGAGAAAAAUAUUCGAAUGUAUUGAGCACAAUCGCGUUGCCUGGAGUCAAUAGUAAAACUUUACUUUUAAGACAACAACUUUGCGGUCAUAAUUCGCCGACAAAGGAAACUUGUGCGAAAAUUUUCUUUUUAGUUGUCGGAUUCAAUUACGAUCUUUUCAAUCAGACGAUGUUUCCCGUGUAUUUGACACAUUUUCCAGAUGGCGGUUCUUUAAAAGAGUACAUACAUUACAUACAAAUUGCAGUUUCCGAUAAAUUUAGACCAUACGAUUAUGGAAAAAUUUAUAAUAUGAAAAUUUAUGGUAAACCGGAACCUCCGGAAUAUAAAAUUGAAAAUAUUACGGCUCCGAUAUUUUUAACAUAUUCUUCAAACGAUUAUAUUGUUGACGAGAACGAUUUAAAACAUUUGGAAUCGAGACUUAAAAGCGUUGUCGGAAAACUCAAAGUCAAACAUCCUAAAUUCAAUCACAUGGAUUAUCUUUGGGGGACCAAAGCGGAUACUUUACUCUACGAACCCACUAUUAACUUAUUCAAUACUUAUCUGUGA